GCUUGAGUUCGCGUCAUAGUCGCUCGUGACUAAGAACCACGGAUUGAUUCAGAAACUAGUCGAAUUCUUUCGAUCUAAUUGCACAUAAGUUAAACCGGCUAUUAUUAAAUUCAAAUAAAUAAAAUGUUAAUUCAUUUACAUUUCUUUGAAUUAAUUUAUUAAAUUCAUUAUUUAAUCAUUCUUUAUCAUCAUUAACUAAUUCUUGUACCUUUAUUAAUAAAUUUCUUACUUCAACUACAAGUUCAUGUGCCCCCCCCUCCCCCACUUUGUUUUAAUCCGCGAAUCAAAUAUCGCAACACCUGGCUCUAAUGUAGUUAUUACACCAUAGACGUAGUAUAACGUACCUCAUGUACUGUGUUUACACAAAUGUACUCUUAAUAAACCGUGCAAUAUAAACACUCGUGCUAUCCGCACGGAUAUUGUGAGGAAUAGUUCAAAAUGGUGCACGUGACAUGUAUUUUUGCAUUAGUGUUUGUUCUAGUAGCAAAUUGUGUUAGCUCGGAUGUCCAAUACAAGCCAUAUUUGUCAGUGUACUAUGAGAGCAAAUGUCCAGAUAGCAGAGCGUUUAUACUUCAGCAACUUCAGCCAGCGUUAAAAUUGCUGCAUAAACAUAUCAAACUCAAUUUCAUACCAUUCGGAAAGGCAAGGAGUGUUAAUAAUGGACACGGAUUCGAAUGUCAACACGGUCCUGCUGAGUGUCUCGGGAACAUAGUGCAGGAGUGCGCUUUGGACCUCAUGACGGGCCGCACCGACCUUGAGAAAACUGCAUACGUCGCUUGUGAAAUGCGAACUCUAGCGGGAGCUCAGGGAAACCUUGAGUGUGUGGAAAAAGCCCAUUUGCCUGCCAACCUGGUGAACGAGUGCCUCUCAUCAGGCAGGGGGACAUCUCUACAGCUUCAUUCCGAAUACCUCACCAAAAUAGUGAGACCUCAGUUCGUUCCUACAGUCACCAUCGAUGGAAUUUUUAAUCAACAAAUACAGGACUCUUCACAAGAAGACCUCAUCGGUACGCUGUGUUCGAUACUUAAAGAGACGAAGGAAUGCGCCCAAUAUUACAACUCCAUUGCAAUGAAAUUUAUACUUUGAAAUUAAAGUUUUAAUUUUUUUUU